UGUACCUGUGCAGCUCUAUAACUCGAGAAUGAAGGUCGCUUUUGGUUUGCUGUUGUUGCUGCUCUGCCUGUGUGGGGCUCAGGGGGAGAGUGGAGGGCUUGGGGAGGUUGGUGAGAGCAGCAAGCUUCAGGAGGAAUGGACCCAGCAGAACCCAAACGCAACUGCCCCUGACAUCUGGGCGGAGUUGAAAGAACUGAGAGACAUGGUGGUGGAGCUCAAGGUGCACGUGAAGAUACUGCAGGGAGAUUAUUCAGAGGUGGAGAGAAGACUGAGCAGCAGUGAGUGGGAACUUCUUGAUACCAAGAAAAGGAUUGAUCAGCUGGAGAAUUUAAGUGCAGCAAACACCAAGGUGGCGUUUUACACAGCUCUGACGGAUGCAGGGUAUGUCGGCCCAUACACCACGGACACCACACUAAAAUACAGCAAGGUCUUCACCAACAUUGGCAAUGCUUACGAUGCAGCCACAGGUUUCUUCAAAGCGCCAGUCAAAGGAGCCUACUACUUCCAGUUCACUGUGUGUGGUCACCACACAGGUCUUAUGGGUGUAUAUGUGUACAAGAACAACCAGAGGAUUAUGUUCAAUGUGGAGUGGAAGGAAGCUCAACAAUAUAAGUAUUUCACCAACUCUGUUGUCUUGGAGUUGAUGGCAGGAGAUAAAAUUCACCUGGCUCUCCCCGCUACCCACGCUCUGUAUGACGAUGGAAGUAACCAGAGCACCUUCAGUGGAGCUCUUCUCUUUCCACUCUGAGGAUGUUGUUGUUUAGGCUGCUGAGUGAUUGAUUUGUCUGAAACUCUGAUUGUAUUGAUGCACUCUAUUUCUUAAGCAGCAACUCAGCAAAUAAAAGAGUCAUUGAA